AUGGAGCUUGUCUCAAAAUCCAAGUACACCCACUUUCGCAGUGAAUCUCUGAGCUCCACGGAUGAAACCAACUCAAAUCCAUCGCCGUUCCCUGCCUCCAGCCCGACCUCACCCCUCACUCCGUCUCCAGGUUUGCCCUCCUCGCUGUCCUCCUCCUCUCUCACACCGAUGCUGCCGCCAGUGUCCCCACGCCCAGCCGAGAACAGCCCCACCACAUUGUGCUCCUUCUUCCCCAGGAUGAGCUCUCUGCGCCUGGGCGUCUCUGCCACUCUGCUCCCUGGUCUGCGGGCCGUGGGCAGACCUCAGACCCUCCCCCCUGCACCUGUGCUGCCUGCAGGGGAGGGCAGAGGCAGUUCUCCUCACCUCCCUGUCCCAGUGCUAACCGCCCCAUGUCCCCCUCCUCGCCCCCCUGUGCAGGACAUGAACCGGCUGGGAGUGGCGUCCAGGCGCGCCCGCGUGGAAGGAGGGCAGCUCGGAGGAGACGAGUGGACGCGCCACGGCUCCUUUGUCAACAAGCCCACCCGCGGCUGGCUGCACUCCGACAAUGUGGUCAGCAGCGCCGGCGUCUCCUACAGUGUACGGUACAUGGGCUGUGUGGAGGUGCUUCAGUCCAUGCGCGCCUUAGACUUCAACACCAGGACACAGGUCACCAGGGAGGCCAUCUCAGUGGUGUGUGAAGCCGUUCCCGGAGCAAAAGGAGCCCAGCGCAGGAGGAAGCCGUCUUCUCGCUGCCUGUCCUCCAUCCUCGGAAAGAGUAACCUGCAGUUUGCCGGAAUGACAAUCAGCCUCACCAUCUCCACCAGCAGCCUCAACCUGCUGGCGGCCGACUGCAAACAGAUAAUCGCCAACCAUCACAUGCAGUCCAUCUCCUUUGCCUCUGGAGGAGAUCCCGAUACUGCUGAGUAUGUAGCAUAUGUGGCCAAAGAUCCAGUCAACCAGCGAGCGUGUCACAUCCUGGAGUGUUCGGAGGGUUUGGCCCAGGAGGUCAUCAGCACCAUCGGUCAGGCCUUCGAACUGCGCUUCAAACAGUACCUGAAGAAUCCACCCAAACUGGUCACUCCACACGACAGAAUGGCCCCUUUCGAUGGCUCGGCCUGGGAGGAAGAGGACGAAGAGGUGGCUCCUCCUCCUCCUCCCGAUGUCCCAUACUACAACAACUUUCCUGGGAAACAGCCUCCCCCUGGUGGACUGAUCGACAUGAGGACGCGCCCAGGGGCCACGCUGCCGUACGGACAGCCGGGUCAGAGUGACAUCUACAAACAUCCCCUUCCACCUCUCCCAGCUGGGGCCAAAGAAGGCGGGCUUUUCGACGACCCUUCGUACGUGAACGUGGACAAACCUCGCUCUGCAGCCGCGGCCAAUGGAAACGCACACAGAGACGCUUUUGACAUGAAGCCUUUCGACGAUGCUUUGGGCGUCGCUGGACACCCCUCCUCCGCAGCGCCCCCUCUGGUGGAGCAGCUGCAGUGCGAGGCCUGGUUCCACGGCAGCUUGACCCGCAGAGAGGCCGAGCGGCUGCUGAGCAGGGAUGGGGACUUCCUGGUGCGAGAGUCUGGGACCACACCAGGACAGUACGUCCUGACGGGACAGCAGGGAGGCCAGCCCAAACACCUGCUGCUGGUCGACCCCGAGGGAGUGGUGCGCACCAAAGACCACCGGUUCGAGAGCGUGAGUCACCUCAUCAGUUACCACAUGGACAACAGACUGCCCAUCGUCUCUGCCGGCAGUGAAGUGUGCCUGCAGCAGCCCGUGGAGCGCAAGCCCUGA